CUUUGACUUUCUGACAAUAUUUUAUUAAACAAAAUUUUGAUUUUUUUCUUCGUUUAGGAAUUUUAAGCAUUUCUUUCGAGCUUGUCCGUCGUGGCCGAAUUCCUACUGUUUGUUACGCCGCUUUCCGAAACGUACGUGUGUGCACUGCCCGAGUGUGCCCGGUGCGCUGUUUAACACUAUUGCAUACCACAAACACGAUUCAGCUUGCAUGCGCUAGAGCACAAGAUGUGGUACCACAUUCUGGGAAUUUACUUGUCAAUCGUUUUCGGGGUAAUUAUACUGGUCGUGGUCCAGGCCAGGCACCUUUCGAGCACAUCGGCGAACCGAAGGCGACAGGAGGGACGGAACUCGCUGUGGGUGCAGGUGUGGCGGUGGCUCCGCGGAGUCGCACGCUGCGGCAGGCGGCGCAAGAAGAGGGCAAAACCGGUGGCAGAUCGGCGCGAGGAGCGGCGAGCACUGCGCAAACAAUUGCGUGAGGAGGCCGAAGAGUGGCUGCUUGAAUGGGUUGAACGGAUAGUCGAGCUCGGCGAGGAUCUGCUGGAUGUUGAUUUGGACGACUACGAUGAUGAGGACGAGUAUAUGGUAGGCGAUGAGCAGGUCUCGGGCGAUGAAAUUAGCGACGGCUCGGGUGCGGAGGGCACUGGCUCGGGCUCGGACGAGCGGCAGGUCAUAUAUGGGCUGGUGAAUACGGGAAACUCGUGCUUUUUCAACUCGGUGCUCCAGGCGCUGGCGUCGGCAGAGUACCUGCAGAACUACUUGACGAGUGUGCUAGAGUGCAUGGACGAGCUCAACGACGCGUGUGGCAGGAACAUGGUGUCGAUGCCGCUGACCGAGGCGCUCUGGGAGACGCUGACCGAUCUGAACUCUGUCGUUGACCGCGAUUCUGCGUUCCAGCCGUUCGCCGUGAUGGCAGCGCUCGGAUCGAGCCGGAUGAGCGACCGCGAACAGCAGGACGCACAGGAAGCAUUCCAGCUGAUAUCCACAGCCCUCUCUGAGGAGAGGCACGUACUGUCAGAUCUGCAGACACCGUCACUGUUUAAUUCCGACCUGGCCGGCAUGCUGGCGCACGUGGACCCGCAGCGGCCAUGCGUCUUGGCAGUGCCGCGCGGCUUAGAGAGUGUCGGCACAAAGGGACUUGCGCGUGUAAGGGCACUGGUCAAGCUGGCCAACUUUGCUGGUCUGCCAGCUGAGAGCCAGAGCUUGACGUUUGGCCGCCGCGAGGUUCUGCAGAACCCGUUCACAGGGCUGACAGCCAGCCGCCUAUCGUGCGCCCAGUGCGGAUACACUGAGGCCGUCCGCCAUUUUGCCUUUGACAACAUAUCACUAUCGCUUCCCCUGACCAACACAUGCACGCUGGACCAGGCCCUGCGCGAAUACAUCUCGCUCGAGGAACUUUCCGGUGUGCAGUGCCGCAAGUGCACCCUGAACCAGACGCUGCGCGAUCUGGUCGCCGAAAUCAAGGUCGCCACCAGCUGGCUUACCAGCAACCCACGCUACGACGCUGAGAAAGCAGGCAGCGGCUGCGAAUCACCGGCUGCUGCGCGCAGCCCACGCAGUGUGCGACAGGCAGCGCGCGCAGAGAUUGUUUGGCGGAGGGCGGUGCUCAACCAGGGUGACGCGUCAAAUUUUUCCGACUCAGACUCGGACCCUGAUAGCAGCGACCAAAAGACGUUUGGAGACACUGACGGCGACGACUAUGACGGCAUUGACAGUGUAACGCCGGCAAGGGAGGAGUACCCGAUCAAUCCUGCCAAGCAGCUAAUCGACCGCACCCACAAUCUGCCUUCGCCCUCGCUGAUCGACGUGCCCGCAAUAAUAGGGCAACUCCGGCUGGAUGCCAGCGAGGUCGCAAAGGCACUGCGCACCGAUAUCCAAAGUCCGCUGCCCGGUGUGACUCUGCGCAAGGCGUACAGCCCGCUGAGCACCAAGCAGGUCGCUUUUGCCAAGCUGCCGCCCUGCCUGUGUCUGCACCUGUCACGGUCCGCAAUCACGCCUGACGGAUACAUUGUGAAAAAUCCGUGCCAUGUGCGCUUCCCUGAGUAUCUGGACUUUUCACCGUACACAACCAACGGGAACCUCAAGGUGGAUCCCAAGAUGUCGAUGAUUGACGAGGCGCUGGUGCAUCAGGCUCAGGAGCCUGCACCGAAUGCACAGAUGCAACGGCGCUCGCGGGAUGCAGUUGAGGCGAUGGGCCAAGGUGUCAACCUCCAGACAGGCUACCGGCUGCAGGCCGUAGUCGUGCAUAUUGGGUCGCACUCGUAUGGUCACUUUAUCACCUACAGGCGUAAGCCGCGGCCGCCGUCGAUCCGCUCGGGCAUCAACACCCCGCGGUACCGCAGUAGCUCAGUCGUGUCGCUGCCAGUGCACGGCAACUCAGUGACCACCCCGGCACUCGAAAGGCGCAACGACUCUGCCGAGCCAUCCAUUGCUGCCAGCACCUCGGCGUAUGCCGCCGCCGAGAGCAUCCGCAGGCGCCGGAUAGUUGGCGGUAGUGCUAGUGCGCUCAGCGACUCGAACGACUUUUCCGGCACCGACUACUUUUCGUCGUCCACCUAUGCCUCUGCGACCUCACGGCCAAAGCGGUCAUGGAAGGUUACGGACGUCAUGACGGCCGAAUGGUACCUUAUCUCCGACGAGGAUGUCCAGCCGGUCACUCUUUCCGAGGUGCUCACCGCCAACCCUUACCUGCUGAUAUACGAGCGAAUCGACGGAUCGCACAUUUCUUCGAACUAUUCGGCCACGCCGAGCAUUCUGUCGUCGCUGUCCAACCUGCGCAAUCUAGCCAAGAGAUCGGCCAGCGCCCAGCCUCAAUUGCAGCCCGCAGCAGUGUCUGACGGCGAUGAGCCGGUGUUGGCCUUAGUAUGAUUGCAAACAGCUCUGUUAACAUCAUUUUUUUAGUCUGUGACUGCUACCCAUAGAACCGCGCUUUAGCGUAUAAAAAUAAAUCACUGUGCGAUUUUUGCCUGAAUUAUUUAUCAGGGCAAUUUUCUUGUUUUAAAAAAUAUCAACACAACACGACA